AUGACGGCCGCCAGAGCGAAGGCAGCGUACGGUAGCGCGCCCACGAAGAAAUGCAAGAAGUGCGACAGGAAGAUCUCCCGCACUAACAUCUCCAAGCAUAUCAAGGUCUGCAAGGGAAUCAAGCUGCCUGAGACGCGCAGCGAGAUUCGUAAGAAGUCUUGGGAGAAAAAUCGCGCUAAGCGCGUGGGCUCGCAGCGAGAUAAGCGCGCAGCCACGUUGUUCAAGGAAUUGCAAGGCUUUCGCAAGCAGCUACGUGAGGCCGAAGCAGCGCAAGCAGUGCCCCAGCCACAGCCAAAAGGGAUGAUGGGCCAUGCUCUGGAGGUACUCAGUCUUCAUCCACGCCUCUUUGAGUUUGUGUUUGCCAAGGUGAGUGCCAAGCACAGUCGUAAAUGCUUGUCUCCAAUCUAA